UUAGAUUUAUUCGAAUCCUAGGGUUUUGCCCAUCACUGCGAGGAGUAGGCUAUUUUAAUCGCGUUCAUCGUUCGAGAGGUUUAAGUGGGGCACGUUUCGCAUCGAUAUAGGUUAACAGAGAAAUAGAGGGGGUACGGCUCACGUGUUACCAAACGUGCUGUGCGAUGCGGAACAGUCGGUCGCUACGCGCGAAAGAUACGCGAUGCUCGUCGGGGUUUCAGUUCUCAUAGAUAUCGCCGACUGAAACGCAGCAUGGUGUGGUUUAUUUUCGCGUUUACCAAGAACCUAGUGAAAACGUUCGUUUCUUCGUUAACUUUAUACUAUUUUCGCGUUUAAAUCAUUCGCGUGGUGCGUCGUUUAACAAUUUUAAAUACAUAAAGUGAAAACUUUUAUUCCGUGAUUUUUAACGAGUUUAAUAUUAAGAACAGUAGAAAUGCGCCAACACAAAGUUCAUUUAAUUUAGCAACAGUGUUUGUGACCAAAGGGAUAUCGUCUCAGAGGAACAUUAUAGGAAGUAGAACGAUGGAAGAGAUAUCCACUGAAAAUGCCAAGGUGUCGGAUUCCGGAUAUUCCAAUACCUGCAGCAAUUGUCAGUCACAACGGAGCAGUGGCAGCUCAAUUUCGAGAAACAGCAACCGCUCAGCGAGUAGCGGUUAUUGCGGUAGGCGUCCCUCGACAUUUGGAUCCAGCAAUGAAGCCCUACCGCAGCCAAUCAGCAAAAGAAAGGAUAAAGAACACAAGAAGAAGAAGUCGAAGGCGAUCUUGGCUGUUAACACCGAGUCAAACGUUACCUUGAAAAACGCCAGCACACCACCAGAGGCAGUCUCCUAUACUGUCGUCGUCUUAUCGAAACCUGUACUUGAAAAGAAACCAGAAGAAAUAGCUACUGUAGAAUUGGUGGACGCAACCGAUCCCGGAGAGCACAACGGCGAUACCGUCACAGAUGGCGAAGCAGGACUUGCUUCUCGUCCGAAUCCUCUGGAUGAUUCCACCUCUCAAGCAAAUGAGGGAUUCUGCGCGGUGAUCUCGAUGCACGACGGCCUGGUGCUGUACACGACAUCCUCGAUAUGCUCGGCACUAGGCUAUCCCAAGGACGCGUGGAUAGGUCGUUCCUUCAUCGAUUAUGUCCACCCCAAGGACAAGGCAACCCUGGCUGAACAGAUCACGCGUGGAGUGGCCUCGCCGCAGGAAGACAGACCGAAAGGUAUCAAUGGUAGAAGAGCAAGCUUGUUUUGCGGCCUGCGAAAAUACAUUAGAUCCGGCAUUCAUCACUCAAGCAAUCAGCACAAGGAAGCAAGGUCGAAUUUCUAUCUUCCCUUCCACUUGACACUGUCGUUUAGGGAUUUUCGAGACCGUGCCACCGAGCAACAACACAAAGCGAUGUUUCUGGUGGUCACCGCACAACCUGUUCAUUCUGCAUACAAAGCGCCAGAAGAAACAAUAAUAUCUUCGAUAUUCACGACCCGCCACACCGCCACGUGCCACCUGUCUCAUGUCGAUCCCGACGUAGUCCAAUACUUCGGCUAUCUACCCCAAGAUAUGGUCGGUCGUUCGCUGUUCGACUUCUACCAUCCCGAGGAUCUGCCAUUCAUCAAAGACAUCUAUGAGACUGUGAUCAGGCUCGAAGGUGCCUCCUUCAGGUCGAAACCGUACAGGUUCGGGGUGCAGAACGGUGGCUACGUCGUCCUCGAAACCGAGUGGUCGUCCUUUAUCAAUCCAUGGACGAAAAAACUAGAGUUUGUCGUAGGUCAACACAGGGUACUCAAGGGACCUACGAGCCCGGACAUCUUCCGUGUGCCGCGCGCCACGGAGUUCGGUCAGCUGUCCAACAUUAGCGAGGAGGUUCUCAAAGAGGCCAAGAUCAUACAAGGAGAGAUACACACACUUCUUGACGAGAACAUCCAAAGAAAGUCAGAUAUAACCGAGCACGACGUCUCAAAGAGGUGCAAGGACCUCGCGUCCUUCAUGGAAAAUCUGCUGCAAGAGACGAGGGCGUCCGGUCUUGGCAAAGAUGUGCUCGCUACCGACGAAAGGAGUUUUUCGGGAUCACGCAAUCCCUUGUUACAGGAGCACGACAGCGUGAUGCUCGGUGAGAUAUCGCCCCAUCACGAGUACUACGACAGUAAAUCGUCCACCGAAACGCCGCCCAGUUACAAUCAGCUCAACUACAACGAGAAUAUCGAAAGGUUCUUUAAGAGCAAACCACCGGUAGCGACCAUGUACGGCAGCGACGAGGAGAAUAUCAAUUCCAGCAAUGACGAGGGCGGGAAGACCAGCCCGACAUCAGCAGGUGAGAUUUCCUUGAGGAGGUUUCGCUCAGCAAGGAAAUGCAUGUCGCCCAUAAACGGAAGUGGCGCAAGCGGUAGCGGAAGCGCGGAGAAUCUAAGCAGUGGCUCCAACAACCAAACCAGCUCAGCAAGCGGAGGAAACACCUCCAACACCACGCGCAACACUACCACCACGGAAAGUUUCAAACCGCCUACUUUGACCGAGUCGUUGCUCAAUCGUCACAACGAGGACAUGGAGAAGCUGAUGAUGCAAAAGCACAGGGAACUUCGUUCCAGUAUUAAGAACAGCGACAAGCUCAAGGAUUCGCGGAUAAAAACAACCACUGAAAAAGUCGCGGAACCCAACGCGCAUUUCAUCAAUCAGAAUCAUGGAGUGAAGAGAAGCGGUAGCCACAGUUGGGAUGGAGAUAGUUUCAAAGUGUCGAAACACGACGAAACGUCAAGGACGAGUACAGCUGGCCAAUUUCCUGCAAACGUUGCUACUACGGUUACGAGCAUGAGCGUCGAUCAAUCAACUGUAAUUCAGACAGGUGCUAAUAUUAAUUUGUGGCAGCCUCUGUCGGUCACCGUGCCCCCGCCACCGCCUGUUCAACGAUGCAGUGCGCCGCAAAAUGCCCAUUCACAAGCAAUACCCAGAAUACCAAUACUACCAUCGAUGAUACCAGUAUACUAUGUUCCGGCUCCACAAACGAACGAUCCUGCAGCUUUAUCACCCCAGCAGGAGAAACUUAGCCUGCCUCAAUCAAUGCAACCUCCACAAUUAAAUCCUUACAUGUUUUUGCCAGUCUCAUACGUGACGACAACGAUGGCUGGCGUCAUUUAUCCUCCAGUAUUUGGUGCUCCUCCGAUGGGGAUGAUGUACAGACCAUUUUCGAAUCCCGGUCAGACACCAGUUACGAGAGAGAAUAAUCUAUCUAGUACUAUCGACAAGUGUUCCGACCGGAAGCGACCAGCAAGCCAAGCGACGAGUGUCAAAGCUGAACCGGGAAGCACCAUGGCGAUGUCUGAAUCUUCUAAAAAGGUUCUAUCGCCUGGUGAACUGUUCUCUUCAUGCGUGAGCAACGACGGAGGAUGCUCGAGCUUGGUGGACGCAUCCACUCCAAUAAAUCCAAAAGUCCACAAGCUGAACGAUUACAGCGUCGACGACUCGAGUUCGUCGAGCUUUUACAGUAGCUUCCUGUACAAGAGCAGCGACAGCAGCUGCAACCCAGACCAGAAAGCCAUGGACUAUCUGCCAGAGGACAACGCGAGACAGCAACAAGGUAAAAGAAGAAAAGAACCGCCAUGGCUCGAGGGUGUCCAACUGACGCCAGAAUUGAUAUACGAAUACCAGAUACAUCCGAAGGCUCUGAACGAAGUGCUCCAAGCCGAUAUGGACGCCUUAAAAAAUUUCAAUCAACCUCUCCUGGUGAACGACCAACUAGGACAACUCUAUUUAGACUUGGAAGUCGAGGGAUUCGAAACGAAGCUCGUUCUCGAGGACGGUAUCACGUCCAGCAGCAGCGACAGCGGUAGCAGCAACGAAAGUUGGACUGCAGGAACGAUGUCACAGCAAAAGCACAGAAGAAGAAUGGUGAAGUACGGUAAGCUCGUGAUGAUUCACGAAGAGAACGCGCCAAUGCCGCCUGCGUUACCACCGCAAACCGUGCCCUGCCAGCAGUUCUAGAAACAAUUCUGUGACGAUCAACCCUGCGACUAAACGUCGUUUUCAAGUUCGAAGCAAUCGUAUCCAGUGUCGUGCUUUGAAUUUGUUGUCGACACUUGGCUCGCCAACUGGACGCUGCACGCGAAUUUCGAUUUCAUCUCGACUAUUUUAUUAUAUUAUCGCGUAUAUUUUACGUUUGAAUUUCGAGGCAGAUAAAAUUGUCUGUAUCGCGCGUAUAUAUUAUCAACGUUUUCUUUUAUAUACAUAUAUUCUAUAUAAUAUUAUAUAUUCGUAGCUGUCGGAUAUAUUUGACCCUUUCUUACUGACGGAUAUACAGGGUGCCACUUAUAAAGUGUUUUCUGAGAAACUACCGAAGACGGGACAAUUUUUGGGGGUAACUGUUAGAGGGAAAAAGGUGAGACCCUGAAGUUUAAAUAGAAGGUGGUAUCAAUUUCUUAUUAUUCAGAUACAGUGGGUAUAGAAUGUAUUUGUACACCGAUCAAUUUCCAAAAAAGCUAUGUGAAAUUGUAAUCCAUUAAAUUCUUUUUUAUAAACAAUGACAUUCUACAUAUUCUUGGAAAUCUUUGUAAUAGAUGCAGUAAAAAAAAAAUUAGUUAUUUAUAUAGAAGCAAUAAGUAUUCAAACAAAUGUUAAAUUUUCAAAACUUCAUUAAAAAAAAACAUGAAGUCUACAUUAAUUUAUAAAUAAUUAAUACUUCGUGGGAUUUCCUUUUAAUUUUAUAACUACUGCAACUCUUCUAGGCAUUAAAUUAACUAUCAUAAAUGUCGAUGUUAUUCGGGGUAGGAUCUUCUUUCAUUCCUUUAUUAGAGUAUUUUUUAAGUCCUUUUUACUGGAAAUUUAAUGUUUUCUAAUUCCCACGAAGCAAUAAACUGAUGUGCUUAUGUUACAAAUUCUACUGUAAAUUGUUCGUCAUAAGAACCGUGCGAAUACUUAUUGCUUCUAUAUUUCUACCAGUUUUUCGUAUUUUUUUGUUAAUUUCGCAAUUUAUAUAAACUAGUGAUUGUUGUUUGAACUAUAUUCUAGAGAUUUCCGAGAAUAUGUAAAAUAUCAUCGAUUAUAAAAAAAGCAGUUAAUAAACUACAAUUUCACACAAAAGUUUGUUGGGAAAUUGAUCGAUGUACGAAUACAUUUUACACCCACUGUAGCUUCAAUGAAAAUUAUUUCUCCCAACAGUGAUUCCAACAAUCCUUCUAACAGUUAAUUUUAAUUAAAAUCCCGAGAAACGAAAUUGAUAUCUUUAUAAGUAUUUGAGGAAACAGCUAGCAACGCUUUAUUUGGGACAUCCUGCACAUAUCUAGUAUGUAUAUACAUACUCCCAUUUACCAAUUAUUGCUAUUAUUGUUAUUGUUAUAUUUUUUAUAUUUCGAGAUAGAGUGUAAGAUAAUAAUUUCGUUAACGACAAAUUUAGAGAAACUAGAACAUUUAAAUAUAACGUGCAUACAUUUUUAACUGCCUCAGACGCGGUUUAUUCUCACCAAGACGUGCGAAUCAAUUCAUACGAUUUAGAUAUAAACGCUAUUUACACGAUAAGGAAUCUAAAUCAUACGUUUAGGAUCGGUUCGUCGAGACUAAAGUUCCUACUACUUCAUCGAACGUAACUCGUCGGUACGUUAUCGUCGCCCGCGAUUGUAUUUUUACAGACCCGUUAUGUCGAUGACGAUUUGUAGUCGUGAUUUUGUCACCGUUUGGAUGAUGGAGAGAAUUUUUCAUUGUUACGAAGUUUCUGUUAUCGGAAACGUGAUUCUCGACAAUUGAAGCGAGAUACUUUUUAACGAUGGAUUUUUCGCGAAUAACGUUGUCUCGUAGGAUCUCGUUGUUUGAAAUGCGAGACAUCCGUUGGAAAGUUCGACGAUUGCAAAAUGUUUCAACCCUUUAAGCUACGAUUUAAACUCCGAUAGCCUGGGACCAAAAUGUGAUGUUUACAUUUGGCCCGAACAAUACACAAGGGCCAGGCUCGUGAUAAUCAGUUUUGGCCCGAAUAUCCGACCACGAGUCUCACACGUGGUUGUAGCUUAAGGGGUUAAUAUAGGAUUAAUAGGAAAAGGAUAGUGGGGAUUAGAAAUUCGAGGCUCUAACGAUUCUUCAUAAUUAAUAUUAUUUCACGUUUCGUUAGAAUUGCAGAUAGCUUCAUCGAGGCCUAAUUGCACACUGAUAUCGAUGAAAGUGUAUCGUAGCAUUUUGCUAUCAAAAUGUUAAAAAGAUCAAUCUAUUUAUAAUCAUUACUAUUAUGUUUGUUACAUGUACUCUUACCUUUAAGUUGGAAAAAAUUGAGCAACGAUCAACCAGCCACGUAAAAUUUGUUAGAUUUUAAUCUUAAAAUACUUCACACGUUUCGAAUUGUAAAGAAAACUGAAUGUUAAUAUCAGUGAUCAAUGUCAGUGUGUCAAUUGCCCUCCAAAGAAGCUAGCUAUAUUACUUAGCGAAACGUCGGAGUAUUUAACAUAGAGGACACGAUUUGCAUCCAAAAGUUUCAAAUAAUAUCAACUAUGGUUAUAAAACUACAUUUUAUAUAAUUUUGUUGACAACAGCCAUAGAAUUGGGUCGAGUUAUUUCGUUUUCCGUUUAAUAGACCUUUGUCGAAUACUCAAUAAUUUCCUAUUCUUUUUUUGCGAUUACCUUGUAAUAGGACUUACCUAAUUACGUUAGUUAUCUGGAGAGAGUUAAUGGAAUCAAACUCAUUUUGGAACGACUGUUUUCAUUUUGAUCAGAAGCUAUUUUGAUAGUUAUUUCUAUUUAAUUUUAAUUGCAAUUUUCUAUGUACAGAAAAUUCUUUACUACAUGAAAUUAAUAAACUUAGUUAGUGGUUUUGAAGAGAGAAAUGUUGAAUAUAGUAUUUCGUUUGUCAAGUAAAUUAUAGGGGUGAUUUGGAGCGAGAAGAUAAAAUUAUUAUUUCAAAACGGGACCAAACGAUGAGGUAUUUUCAGCAUACCAUAUCGGAUAUGCUACCUCAGAAUGCGAAUGUUUUGGUAAAAUACGUAGAAAUGUAAAAUGGAGUCCAAUAGUCAUCGAUAUAUGAGACUGUGCUCGGUUAACCCUUAAACGACAUCGUGGAGGCCAUUAGAAAGUCCUCGUUACUUGGUUAAUUAAUUACUUGGCACAUUUUGGGUUUACAUACAGUCGAAACAUUAUUAACCAAAUUACUUGCAAUGUAGACUGAAGUAAUCAGCCUCCAUUUAUUUUUAAACAAGCGAGUAUAUUAAUAAUUACUGUUUUAAAUAGUCGUUUAAGGAUUAAUUACACUGAGAGUUUUAUAUAACAGUGAGACUGUGACGUUCUGCAAAAGACGUGGCAACUUUCUUUUAUCCUAUACCAAGGCUGCGCACUAUGUCUAUCUCAGAGCAUGGCGAGCAUGCGAACUAGUGGCGCCACGUGUUGUGUUUUUAAAUUAAUAUUUUAACAAUUUCGAGUCUAUUCUUUCAAUCAGAUAUCAGAUCGAGGACUUGGAAGAUUGAUAUUUUAAUAUAACAAAAUAACAAGUCUACUUAAUUUCUACUUAAACUAGAGUUAUAAAUGAUUGAAUGUAAAAGCACAGAAUUAAUUUCUACACGUAAUAUAUGCAUACACACUAUUCAAACAUACGUCAUUCGAAACCAAAACGGUAAUGUAAGAUACAGGACACGUUCGCGCUCUUAUGGUUGUCUCUCUGUGGCGCCAGUAGUUCUCAUGCUCGCCAUGCCCUGAAAUAAUCAUGGUAAGAGCCUUGUUUUACGGUAAUCCUAAUCUCUUUAGAUAUAUAUAUCAAACGGAUUGUUCCGUUUGUUCACACUUGAACGAUAGCUCUCAUGAUUUCGCAUUCGUUGCAAACACAGAACUGAAAAAGUUACUCGCGCGUUCCCUGAACUGUGGGAAACAACGCCCUAGAAACUUCAUUCUAGCAUUUGUACGAUCAUCGAAAAAUAUUUUAUAUACCAUCUGUUUGUACACAUAAUAUAUAUUACCAUUAUUGAUUGAUACGUCUGUCGUUGUAUCGUGUAAUUGGAGAUGUGGAAGAGAUAUUUUGUAUACCAGUGAUCUGCGUAUAAUUGUUUGAAAUUAACGACUUGGCCAGGCUUUUAACUCAUUAAUGCAUUGUUGUCCAUAAAACCAGAACGGUUAAAAAAUUAUAAAUAUAAGUAAUAUAAUGUUUUUACCUAGAGUAACGAAUUUAACUUCAUGCGCUAAUGGGUUAAGAGGACGUGGCGUUGAUUUUAUAGGUGCAAAAUAAACGAACUGUUUAAGCUUUCAUCCUAAAAAAUCUAGUCCAGAUUGUAUAAAGUAAUUGCGUCGUUGACGUUGGAAAUUUCAUGCAAGAAGAAUGUCACCUUGAGGAGGAAUGUAUAGUUAUAAAAAGAAACUCUGUCUGUAUUCGAUUGAACAGUUAUUCAGAUAAUUUUUCUUCUAAAUUAUCGGCUACAAUCAUAGUAAUCAGUAGUAUGGUUAUCAAACUACUGAUUGUGUAUUACAAUGUUUUAAAUAGAUUUAGUUGUUUGAAAAAAUGUCAAAAGCUGUACUGUAACACCAAUAGUGGUGUUAUUCGUUUACUGUGAAGCAUGAAUUGUUUAAUUCAGAUUUCUUAUUGUCCAAAUAAUUAAUCAACAACAGUUAUUUACAGGAAUUUUUUCUGAAUUAUCUUCAGUUCAAGGAAACAUCCUUUGUUUACACAUGAAAUUCUUAGAGGUGGCUAUAUCUCGAAGAAAGAAGCAGGGGUAUCGGUACUGUAUUAAUUAAUUUUCUCGUUUUUUUUAAAAUACAAUUCAAAUUCAAAUACUUUGGUAUCCCCUAAAUGGAUUACCGACUGCUUAAUUUUUCGUUAAUAUUCAUAGAAAUAAUUACUAGUAAUUAUCAAAGGAAGAUAAGUUAUUCUUUUGCUCAGGAUAGGGAAUACUAAAAGACAAAAUUAUUGUUUAUAGUUUGAGCAACGCAGAAAGAACAUUCCAAAGCUUUGCAAAGUUGAAAUAAAAUAAUUUUCCUCGUUGCUCGAAUUAUCACCCAUAAUUUCGUCUUUUAUUAUUAACAAUAUAUAUUAUUUGUCUAGUGACAUUUUUAGCGAUAAUUCAUACAGCAUAUUUAGUAACUAUUAUUAUCGUUAAAGUAGCGACAGUUAUAUUGAAAUUAAUAACAAAAAUUGCGUUGCGUCGGCACAAAAUAUUUGCGAUUUUCCACACAAGUAAUCAUCUCGAGUAUCUGUACGCGUAAAUAAAUAAAUUACACAUGUUUACGUUUAAAUGUGUAUUUAUUUAUUUAUUUCAUUUCGAAUGCGCGUUAAUAUUUGGAUUUACAAUUUAGAACGUCGAUCUACGAUUUAUGAAUAUAUAAAAAGAUAAUAUUUCGUGCCAGGAGCGUUUAUUCUGUAAGUACAAAAAAAAAUAAUAUUUUUUUACAUAUACUCUUUGCGCGCGUACUUUAAUCACGUUUAUACUUUUUCCUAGUUUUAAGAUAGUGGUCUUUUCAUACGUUUUGUUAACGUUUCAAGUGCCAGAAUCUUGAGGAAAGAAAAAAUUAACUAUAGUUACGAGUAACGAAGAUAAUAAGAUAGCUUUAAGUCUACUUGUUAAUCAUCUACUUGUACUUCGUCCUUUCCGUUUCCACUUGCAGUAUUGUAAGAAUUUUAGCGUAACUCCUAAUUGAUACUUCAUAUUUAUUUACUGAUGAUAUUUACAGAUGACAUUUCAACGGUAAUAGGUACAUUUAAAUGACAUUUACGUCUAGUUUUGUUACUUAAUCGAACAAUUAACGCGUUAGCAACGUAAGCUAAUAACGAACGAUUGUUGAAAAUUCACGAAUUGAUAUUUCUGUUCUCGAUCUUUACGAUAAACGAACAUAAAGUUAAUAAUUACUUUGAUAGUUACAUAAUUCAUAUAUUCUUUACUCACUAUUAUCACACAGCAGUGUGCAUUAUGUUUUUCUAUGCUCGUAGUCAUCGAUUGGAAAUCCUUUUUGUUUAAGGUAGUUGAUUUUAACAAAACUUCACUUGAUUGUGCCGUGAUUAAAUAUGUACCAUUGUGAAUCUAUUUAGAUUUAAAUUGACCACAACAAUUUUAUGAAAAAUGAUAUCGAAAUUUUAUUAUCCUAGCAUAGGCCUCGUGAAACGUACGCGUGAAAUUUUUCAAUUUUAAAUGAAAAUGCAAUGGAGGAACUUGGUAAAAAAUUGUCACAAUCAUUCCUCGAACCAAUUGGUGAUUUUUAACUAACUGCUUCGACUAUCUUCUAUUUUAAAUUCGAUAAGCCAUACUUUCGAACGUUACUAUCUCGAACCGACUACCUUAAGCUGUUUGUUAAGCUUAAAAAACGAAACGUCGUUAAAUAAAGAGUAUAUGAACGGUCCUUACUACGAACAAAAUUAUCAAUUCAAUUUUCAAUCGAACGAUUGGUUUAAAUCGUGUAACGAGCACUUUUCUUUUAGCAAAAUUAAUCAUACCGAUCCGAAAUACCAUCAUCACGAGACACACGUUGCGCUUGACACGUAAUUGAUAAAAACCUGUUACACGCAACACGUUUAUAAUUAGAUUAUACAUUACGAUUCAUGGAAACGAACGAUACUCGUGCAGUUUGUCGUCUUCCUCAUCCACAAAGCAUCAGAACACCCUCGUGUUCUGAUCACAUUCCUGCCUAAUUUUUUAUACGUGAAAGUGAAUAAACAUUGACAUGAUUAAUCCGUGCAAACAUAUUCUCCGGACGAUUUGUAUAUUAAUAUCGAAAUCUUUGUGUAAUCCGAUGCUCAACUCUAUAAAUAAAUAGAAACUGCACGAGUCACGCGAUUCGCGAAUGCUUCUGCAGUCAGUAAAAGUGAUCUUAAAAUAUUUGUUACACGACAAGCUUGUAUUGUAAAGGCGUAAUAAUAGUAAUAGCAAUAUAUUAAACAUUACAGUGA